UUUGCCAAAAUGAACGGUGAACUUGAGACAGUCAAAAUAUGAAUAUCACUGUUUUAUAAUUAAAUAUAAAAACCAUCCAAUACUUGAUCAAGAGAAUGACCAUAAGUGAAUUCUAGAAUGAAAUUUUUUUAUGUCUUCAAUAUUUGUCUUUAUGUGUUGUACGGACAUACAUACAUAUGAACUUAUGUUGGGCCAAAGCUGAGUUAAUGGCAAAAAAUGGAAAACUUAAGAGUUUAAACAUGUAUAUAUAUGUAUCUUAAUAUGAAUUAAUUACACCACCCGUGAACAAGGACGAUAAAUAUCCAUGUACAAAGUUCUUAGAAAUUAUUACUUAGAAGCCUUAAAAUGCUGAGUCAAUUAAGGUUUAAUUGAAUUCGCCGCUAUUUUCGAUGCCAAGAACCGUGUUCAUUCGAGGGAAAAUCUUUUAAGUUUCAACUAUUGACAAGCCAUGCAAUCUGCUGUCGACUGCAAUGGCACCAAAAAUAGCAACAACGGAGCCACGACUACCACAAUCAUGCAAAGCGAUAUUACGAGUACCGGCAGUCGUGAUGAACUUCUACCACGCGAUGUAGCUUCACCCGGGGGCUUCACGCCAACCGUUUUGUUAACCCCAGUAGCGAUGUUGGAGCAAACCAGUGUGCUGCGCCAUCGCUUGCAAGUUGGCGUCGGCGUCGGCCAUAGCAUCGGGACGUCGGUCAUGAACUACGGUUGCCCGGCUACUGUGGGUAAUACCACACACAAGGUUGGUAGUUUCGCUCCACAUCCCAUCGAUAUGGUGGAAUAUCUAGGAAGCAAUGCAGAGCGGAUAUCUGUUACACCGGCACCUUCACCGCAAGCAUCGCCGUCAAAAAAAAAAAUAGGGAAGAACUCUGUGGUCAUAUCAUCAAAGUCUAUAUCGAAUACCACGCCAAAUACAGAGUUUAAGUUGUUGUCUGGGCAAUCAAAUCUUUCCAACUCAAGUUCAAGUAGCAAUUCAAGUUCAAAUUCGACUAUAUCGUCUGUGAUCGCAACACCAAUUAGUAUUAAGCGAGAAAUGGCUCGACGACGAGCACUGGUUGUGGAAGGCUGCAUCGGUGGCAUUGAUAUUGACGCUGCGGCUACGAUCUCGACAUCAGGAGAUAUAUUAGCUUUAAAUGGCAAAGAACGUGCCGAACGACGAGAUGUACUCGCAACUAGAGGGCUUCCACUACACACUGCAAACGAGGAACAUUUAGCAUUAUAUACACCUACGACACCAUUGACCCCGUGUACGUCAACGCCAUCUAAGUCUUCGCUGUCAUCAUCAACGAGCUCGUUAGAACCUAGUACGAAUUCGGAAAGCACAUCGAUAGUGCGAUCAACGAAACUUAAGUCGCUCGCAACAACAACGAAAUCAUCCGCAUUUAAUUCCAAUACACAGCUACAGAAAUGGCAAGAUAUGCCAAAAUAUUUGCAGUUCAAUCCUUAUGUGUUGAAUGGUUACCGACCACUCACAACAUUCAAGGGAUGUUUAUGGAGCUUGUUCUGCUGGCAUAAUGAAACGGUUAAUAUACUCACACAUGCCAUACCGAUUUUCUACAUAUUGGCAAUUGUACCAGGUCUUAUGCCAUGGGAGCAGGAAUACCGGUUUUUAUCAUUUUGCCAUCUUUUCGGCUCGGUAGCACCAUGGUGUGGAAGUUUUAUUUACCAUCUCUUUAUGAAUAUUGAAAGUGGAGAACACGUCUACUACACUUUGCUGAAAUUGGAUAUGGUCGGUAUAUGGGUGAGCCAAAGUUUUGGUGCUUUGCCUCUCGUUACGGCCACCACUUUUUGCUUUAGUCCUUUUUGGAAAUGGCUUAUCAUAUUAUCAUACUGUUUGCUGUCGCUUUGGGGUCUUUAUAAAGCUCUCACAGCCAGUUCUCCUUGGCAACGCCGCCUUUGCUUCGCUCUGCCUUUCACCAUGCGCUCAAUAUUGACACUGUUUCGUACGAUGGAUGUGUGGGUUGGCGGAAGUCGGAUAGCACUAUCACACGUUUAUCUCCAGUUAGAAGCAGAUGGCGUGUCAAUAUUGGGUGGAGCUAUAGGGGCUUUGCGUAUACCGGAGAAGUGGUUUCCCGGCUUUGUGGAUUUCUACUUAAAUUCUCAUAAUAUUAUGCAUGUGUUGGUGGUGGUUGCGGUGUACUCUAUGCAUAAAGCAACAAUAAAAGACUUUGAAUGGAUGUCGGCCACGAAUUGCAGUGCUCCUAUAAAUAACACCGACAUACUAAUGAAUACAUUUACCUCAAGUGUGGAACUAUGACCUCUUAAUUACCAUAUAUUAAGCAGUUAUUUAUUUCAGUACAACUAUGAAUAUGUUAAUAUAAAAAGUCUCUGAAUACAGAAUUUAUGUUGUUGACAAGUUUUCAUCGUUGCAGCAAGUAGUACGUAUGUAUGUAUGUAUAUGUUAACAAGUAAGGAAGGGCUAAGUUCGGUUCUGUGCUUACUUGUAAAAUAGAAGUUACGUAUUUCGAUAAUUAUACUAUAAUUGAAGUAAACGUUUAAUUUAAUCAUCACCUCUUUCUUAUUUGCAGCGUUUCUCAAAUCAAAAUUGCUUUCUCUUUUGUCAUACUUUUGAGUCAUUGAUGAAAACUACAGAAAUUAUUAUUUAAUACACAACAAAGAGUUUCUUGCAGUAUUAUUAAAUCAAAGUAUCCAGUAGUAUUAAAAAGUGUACCUUCUCAUAAAUAAUGUAGGAAAUAUUACUUUCAAUAUUGUUAUUUUUUCUUUUGAUAAUAGUAAAAUUAAUUUAUUUUUUUUAUGCUUUUAAUGAAGUAACUAAUUUAAAUCUUUCAAAAUGCAUAUGGUCGAUUAUGGAUAUAUGAGUAUUGAUUUGUGAAAGCUAAUCUAAUUGUUCUCGUAAAUAUGUAACAUGUAAUCUAGACAUGUAAACGCUGUAAACAAUAAUAAUUUAAAAAUAUAUAUUUUUUCUUAUUGUAAUUUAUUGUGUGCUUCUUCGUUCAAUGUUUAACAAAUAUAUUUAUGUAAAAAAACUGUUUCAAUGAUAUACAUAUAAAAUCGUAUUUUAUUUCUUAUAUGAUCUCCAUAUCUCAUUCAUAUACAUACAUUCAUACAUAUAUGUAUAUUUGUAUGUAAUAUGUAGCGUGUAUAUGUACAUGUAGAGCGUGUAAAUUAUCAAUAUAAAACACACAUAUGAAUUAUGGUAGAAUAUUUAAACUCCACUCAUAUAAGAUAAAUAUUUUAAUUAACAUAUGUACGUAUGUAUGUACCUCAAAAGUUAUCUCAAAUAAGUAAACAGAAACUUGUAACUGCUAAGUAAACAUAUAAAAAGUGAAAUUAUUAUUAAAAUAGCUAAUGAGCAACAUGCCUUUCUGUUUAUGGAUUUUAUGAAAUACAUUUGAAAUUUACUCUACAACUGUGGUAUUAAAUUUUAAGGAAACAACAACCGAAGCAGUAAUAAAUAAAAUGCAAAUUAUACAAAUCAUACCAUAUAUCAAAGAGUGUAAUUGAAGAGCAAAUUUUUAUGAAGGAAACACAAAAAUACUCAGGGCUUGAUUCCCCUCAAAUAAAAAGAAUUAGUUUUCAUCGAUGACUGUGCAUUAUGCCUAUUCUUAAAUAAAUCUUUAAAUUUCACAAACAAUAUGGAAAUAUUGUCGGAUCAAUACUUAUUGUUUAAUUUUGAUAGAUUUGUUAACUAGAAAAGUUCACCGUCCUGCUAUCUCACAGUCAUGUACGAAUAAAUUUAAAAAUCAUCGAAAUUAAAACUCCAUUUAACUAUUUCUUAAUUCUUCAACUAGCUCUUAAAAGUGCAUACAUAUGCAUGUGUAUUAAAUACUAGCAGACGGCUCUGGCUUCGCACGGCUUUUUACACACUUAUACAAACUCUCCCAUACAUAUGUAUGUACUUUCCCAUUUCUUGCGUGGAAAUUAUAUUAUACAGUGGAACUUCUCUAACUCGAAUCACCAUAAGCCACAAAAAACUUAGUUAGAGAGACUUCGAGUUAUAGAAAUUUGCAAUAAAACAUAAAUCUUUCAAAAAGCUGUAAAAUAUAGAUUUAUACACAGUUUUAAUUAUUUACUUCGCAUAACGUUUUAUUUAAAUACGUUAAAAGUAGUUUGUUACAAUUUGCUAUUGUUUGGCUAUUGACGUCUGUAUCCGAUUCUUUUGUUACAUGAUUUAUGAAAUGAAUUAAAGUAAUAUCAUAUUUUUUAUUCUCCUCCAUACGAUAUAGAGAGACUCUUUUAAAAUUGUGCCUCGAUAGUAAAAUUUUAAAUUUUGUAUCAUGCCCUGGUCGAAAAAUUCGAUUUAUGGAAGGAGAUUUGUAUGGAAUUUUAAUUCUGAACGAUAUUGCCAAUACAAAAGUUCGAGUUAUGGAGAUCUUCUAGUUAUGGAAGUUCCACUGUAUUUGCAAUGAGCUAAAACUUGAUUACGACCUCUAGUUGAGAAUGCUCAGAGUUCGACGCAUUAGGGCGUCCUUGUAUAUUUCUAAUAUUUUGUUCUUCAAGCCGCUGCACACGCUCCGUACUCGGCUCUCAAGCGCGAACUUGGGGGGUUUUGAAUUUUUGUCAGUAAUGCGAAUGACUUGCAAGACUAUUUUAAGUUUCAGCAAUAAAUAUAACCUAUGUUACCUAUAUUACUCGGGGUGAAUCUACUAUGUUACAAUGGUGUAAGAAUUUUUGAAAUCGGCUCAGUAGUUUUUGAGUUUAUUCAUUACAGACAUACAUACAAAUCUUUCUUCUUUAUAAUAGUAGUAUAGAUGUAUAAAAUAGUUAAAAUUUUUUAAUAAAAAAAAAUGUAUCCGCAUAUGUACCUUCAUGAAUUAAUUUUUUAAAUCAUUUUCAUAGAAUGGUAUUUGAAAUGAAAACUAAUUUUUAAAAAUUAUAUUUACUAAAGUCCAAACUCAAUUCAUUUUAAGUAUUAACAUUUAAAUAUUAUGGAACAAUAAGUAAAAUAUGUUAAAUUGUUGAGUAAAAGUAAUUACAUAUAUAUUAAUUAUCUUAAUAUUAUAUCGCAUAAAUAUUAUUUCUUAGUUUGCAAGGUUGCAUAUUAUUACCCCAACGGUAAAUUAGUUACUCUAUGCUUAAUAGAAC